UACACAGAUUGGUUUGUAUUUAUUGUUUAAAUAUAAUGGUUUCUAAAAUAUUAUUUGCCAUAGCAUUUUAUGGGAUUGUUAUUGUAGAAUCUCUAAAUGUACCAAAUGGCCCUAAUUUGUAUGAAUCAUAUAAACGCGAAGUACAAAGAAACCGAUUGAAAAUUGAAUCUGUUCGUGCAUCGAGAAGAAUUAGUGAAGUUACACUGGAUUUCCCUCAAGUAAACACCUCGUCGGGAUUAGUUUCUGGAGCAAAGACCACCGAAUCCAAUGCAUUUUGGGAGAUUCCUUAUGCUCAACCACCCAUAGGCCAGUUAAGGUUUCAGCCUCCUCAAAAAAUUACAACACCCCAUGAACAUAUAAAUGGAACUUCAAACAACUUCCUUCAAUGCUAUCAAUACGAAGAUGUUUGUAAAUCUGUCACUGAAGAACAAUGUAUUUUGAAUAUGAAAGAAGACUGUUUAAUUUUAAAUGUAUUCACGCCCUCGUCUUUGGAUUUGAGCGAUUCUUCUAAACCUCCAUCUGAUCGUCUUCCUGUAUUAUUCUAUAUUCAUGGAGGAUUUUUUACAAUAAAUUCAGGAACACAGCCGAGAACGGACGGACGAGAACUUGCCAAUUUCACAAAUACAGUGAUUGUUACCAUUAAUUACCGUUUAGGUCCUCUAGGUUUUUUGAUGCAUCAACAAGCAGGAGAAAAUAGCAUAGGUGGAAAUCAAGGAUUGAAAGAUCAGCAACUUGCUUUAGAAUGGGUCCAAGAAAAUAUUGAAAAUUUCGGAGGAGAUAAAACCAGGGUCACAAUAUUUGGAGACAGUGCUGGAGCGCAAUCUGUCAUGUUCCAUACACUUUCCCCCAUCAGUAAAAAUCUUUACACGAACUCAAUUCAACAAAGUAAUCCAGCUGCCUAUUCAUUUUAUUAUCCUUCACCGGAGAUGUCACUGAGGAUUACUAACAGAUUAUUACAAAGUUUAGGAUGUACCGGAGACGAAAGAGCUUGUUUAAUUAAUUCGUCCGCACAACAUAUUAUAAAUCAAACACAAUUGGUACAAGAUUGGACGGCUCAGGAAGAAGGUUUUGGGCUUUAUACAUUCGAAACUUAUCUACCUAUAAUUGAUGGGGUUGAAUUUACCGAUUGGCCGAUGGAGUUAUACAGGAGCGGAAAUUGGAAUUCUGAAAAAGAUAUGAUUAUCGGUGUUACUGCCGAAGAGUUCGACACCAUCAUGUUUUCCAUUCCAAAACAAUUCAACUACACUGAAAAUAUUUUUGCUGCCAAUGUUGAAGCAUUUGGUAUAGAAAUGGCAAGAAGCAUCGUUGACAAAUACAAGGAAAUAUAUCCACCCAAUCAAGGUGAAGAUUAUCGAGUAACUUAUGGAAAGCAGAUAACAGAAUACUUAUUCACAUGUCCAAAUAGGCAUAUGGCAAGAUUAGCAGCAAAUACGACAUCUGCUUCCGUGUAUUAUUAUGUUUUUGAUGAAAAGGUACUUUUUCUGGGUUGCUUUUAUGCGAAUGGAGGAAACGCCACUGGAUGUUAUUAUUCUUACCAUUCAGCUGAUGUGCCAUUUGUUUUCAGAACAGUUGAAGAAGUUAGCUUCGAAACCUACACGGAAGAUCACUUAUCUGUUGAGAAUCAAUUCAGCAUAUAUUGGGCUGGCUUCGCUCAAACAGGAAACCCGUCCAGUGGUUUGUUAAACUUUGAAGAAAAUUUUCCAUCAUGGCCUAAGUACAAUACCGGUGACGGUUCAAGUCAACCAUGGCCGUAUAUGUACAUCCGUUCGCAAUCUAGUGAGGUUAGGUAUGAAUUUAGAGCCGAAAUUUGUGACUUUUGGGAUGAUCUUGGUUAUGGAGGUCCAUUUAUUAAAAAUGUAUCUACCAUGGAAACGCCCAGUAAUUCAACAUCAAUGUUUACCGAGUCUUCAUCUGAAUCUACAACGAGUCACGCUUCAAGACUGAGUGUGAACACAAUAACGCUGGUUACCGAUCACAUGAUCGUAAUCACGUGCUACAUGAUGUCACGGCAUUAUUAACCUAGGUAUCACUGAUAUAAUGAUAUACCAUUAAUAUUAAAUUCACUACUUUUAUGAUUAUUUUAUAAAUUAAUAAAUAUCUGCCUACUAACAUAGUCAAAAUUGCAGCUUUAGUUCGGUAAAUAUUACUUUCUAGCGAUGCUACACGGAUCUUUUUAGUUGGACAGUAAUAAUAGCCACAGCAUGUGCCGUUUAAUCGUGUUUUUCAUAUAGUUCAUAGUACAUUCUUUACAGUUGUAAUUUAUUUUCCUUUGAAUUGCUGUUUUUGAAAAUUCUCAAUGAAACCCCGUAACUUUCUAUGUGUGUCAUUUUUUAUGCCCUAAUAAUUUAUCACAGGAUGAAGAUAAUAUAUAUUUGAAAUAUUCCUCAUAGAUUUUUUCAUUAACAGGAACACCACUUUGUUUAAUAUAUCGUAUGACUCUUCAAUAGUAAU